UUUUACGCCCUCUGCACAGUGGAGAAUGCAAUUUUCUGCGCAGACCUGCGCCGUGUUGAGUGGAUAAGUACACUCUCCUUCAAUUGGUCAGCGCAAAGGCGUGCAAUCAGGAAGCGUUUUUAGAGGAAAUGCACGCCAUCAAAAAUGGCGGCGUACAAGUGGUCUAGGACUGCAGUAUUUCUUUUGAUUUUUGUCAGUCUAAUCCACACUGGUAAAAGUGACAAUGGUGAAACUUUAAACGACUCGGUAAAGGGUGAGGAGGCCGAUCAGAGCGUGCCUGGAGAGACUCAGCCCUCUGAUGAAAGCAGCAGUGAGAAUGGUGAUGCUGAACAGAAGCAAUGGUACAGUACAGAUCUGGAGAUGAACGAUGCACUUGAAGGUAGCAAAGCUGAGUCUGGGAUGAAUGAUUCUCCUGGAGAUAGCAAAUUGUUUACACCACCGCCCGCUAAAGACCACUUUCAAGAGGAACUGGUGAUCCGGCCCCUCCAUUCAGGAGACAUCUAUGCCAAUUUCCAGUUUCGCACACAACUGGAUACAGAUUUUGUGCAAGAAGGAAAUAAAGUGUCUCAUUACCGUCUCUUCCCAAAGUCCCUGGGCCAGUUGCUGUCUAAAUUCUCAGUGCGAGAACUGCACAUCUCCUUCACACAGGGCUACUGGAGGACCAUGCAGUGGGGGCAGCCAUUCAUUCCUGCUCCUCCUGGAGCUGAGCUCUGGGUUUGGUUCCAUGACACAGUGUUGGAUGUUGAUGAGAAUUGGAAGGAGCUCACCAAUGUUCUGUCGGGCAUCUUCUGUGCGUCUUUAAAUUUUAUUGACUCAACCAACACGGUGGAGCCUAGUGCAUCAUUUAAACCCCUGGGACUGGGAAAUGUGACUGAUCAUCGUUUCCUUCGUUAUGCCACAUUGCCUCGGGAGAUUGUCUGCACAGAGAAUCUGACCCCUUGGAAAAAGCUUCUUCCUUGUGGCUCCAAGGCUGGUCUAGCAGUGCUGAUGAAGUCAGAAAAGCUUUUCCACAGCAGCUUUCACUCACAGGCUGUGCAUAUCAGGUCCAUCUGUAAGGAUUGGCAGUGUUCAAGCGCAGCAUGGGAAUUAAGGCAGACCCUCAGUGUGGUGUUUGACCUUUACACCUCUGGCCAAGGCAAAAAGGAUUGGUCCCUUUUCAAGAUGUUCUCUCGCACUGUGACUGAGGCCUGCCCCCUAGCGUCUUCUAGUAAAAUCUACGUGGAUGUCACUGACAACCCUGAGGGUGAGUUGUUUGACCUGAACCCUGCCACACCUGUGCUCACUACAACUGUAGUCCUAGGGGAUCGGAGGACUUACGCUGUGUACGAUCUAACCAAAGCAGAGACUUUUGGUCAGCUCCGCUCUCUCAAUCUCUUAAUACGCUGGAAGGGUGAAGCUGGAGACAUGCUGCGUCCAUUGCUCCAUGCAGAGCGCUACGUAGCAGGAUUCGGACUCCAGACGGGGGAGAUACACACACUAAUCUAUAAUAAUCAUCCAUACAGAGCUUUCCCCGUGCUCCUGCUGGAGUCAGUACCCUGGUACCUGCGUCUUUAUAUUCACACACUCACUAUCAUCAGCAAGUCACGUGAAAACAAACCAAGCUACAUUCACUACCAACCUUCAAAAGACCGCUUGCGUCCUCAUCUCCUCGAGAUGCUUGUGCAGUUACCUCCUCAUUCUGUCACUGAAGUGACAGUUCAGUUUGAAAGAGCUCUGCUGAAGUGGACAGAAUACACUCCAGAUCCAAACCAUGGUUUCUACGUCGGAUCAUCUGUGAUAAGUGCUCUGGUGCCGAGUGUUGUCGCUAUGGAUAUCAAAAGCCCCCAGGAGCGUCCGCUUUUCAGCAGCUUUUUCCAUGUCAAAGAGGAGUCAAGCUACUUUGUGCGUGUAUACACUGAGCCUUUGCUGGUUAAUUUGCCCACACCUGACUUCAGCAUGCCCUAUAAUGUAAUCUGCCUCACCUGCACAGUUGUGGCUGUGGCCUACGGCUCGUUCUACAACUUACUGACCCGGACCUUUCAGGUGGAGGAGCCGAGCCAACCACUAGCUAAACGUCUAGCCAACGUCAUUCGCCGCAUACGGGGAGUACCACCACUGUGAAGGCCAUUGUAUUAACUUGAAAGCUCAUUAGGCAGCUUAAAAUCUGUGGACAUUUUGAUUUGAAGGAAACCUCAAAUGUUUUUCUGUGAUUUUUUUUUUUUUUUUUUUUUUUUUUUUUGGGAGAAGUCAUGAUAAAUGCUACAACUGAAAGCUUUACCAAGAACCAAAUGUCAUGGGUCUGUGGUUUUUGAGUGUAACACUGGAAUAAAAACUAUUUUGGUUUGUUUUAGGGCAAGAGGGAUGUGGGUAUUUAAAAUAAUUACCAUUGUGUCUUGGCAAUUUCUUAUUCCAUUUAUCUGGUAGACAAACCAGCAGCAGAGUGAAAUGUAAAACCCUUUGGAUUAAUGUACUUCGGAAAUGGAAAAAGGCAUUAGUCAUUCUUUUCUGUGAAUCCGGUAAAGAUAGAAAACAGAAAUGUUGAGCGAAAUCACACAAGAAAUUCCAUUAAGUAUAUUGUACCAAUGUUAUUGCUAUGAAAUUGCUUUCCCUUGGAAGUACAAGGUUUGCUUGUUUCUUCAAAAAGAGUCUUUAAUAGGAAUGUUAUUUUCAACUAUCCUUAAUGCAUGUGUAAACCAGGCAGGGAUCUAAAAUGUAUUAAAUUGGCCCUUCUUUUAUUUAUAGAGCACAGUGAUGCAUGACAGAUUUUAAAUUAUAAGGUACUCAGUCAGCAAUAGACCUAUAUUUUACUAAAGUAGCUGGAAGAAUGAUGUGUUCAUCUAGGACUGUUUUUUCUGGCACUCUGUGUAUUGGUUUUUGUUCCAGGCAGCACUCUUAAGCACACUCAGUUGCUUAGUCCAUCCAAGCAGACAGCAUAAAUAUACAAAUUUGGUAAUAUUAAAAAUGUAGUAACAGCACAGAUUUGUUAAACAUUAAUUGUACAUGCUCUAGAGAGUGCAGGUUGUCAAAAAAUCUUUAUAAAUGACCUAAGGCAGUUAUGUACGUGUUAUGAGUGUUCAUAAGUAAGUUUAUAUUACGUACCUUAUGCAAAUAAAUGUGUGCACAAUUUUUUCUUUUUUUUAACACUCUGCUCUAACCUGUAGCUAAUAAUGUAGGUUCUGUGAAAAUUGGCUGCCAUGUCUUGGUUUUUGAUUAACCCCCAGAUGUUUUUCCACUCCUCUGAACUUAGAGAUGAAUGCUAAUCACUAUUUCCUUUUUUACCUCCCAGAAUUUCUUCUCAAGACACUUAAAACUCCUAUUUAUUUUUUUUCUUUCUUUCUUUCCUGAGAAACUUUUCACAUGCUAUAUUUUCUGUCUGGCCCUUCUAGAGCUACUGCCAAGCUGCAGGAGACUUUGGACACGAAAGGCCCUUUCUUUGCCAAAGGUUGCCACAUGUUUGGGUCUUAAUUCAAGGCUAAGAUGUCUUUUACAUUCUUGCACGCUGAUGCUAGUGCUAAGAUACCUACUAACAUAUGUCGUACCAAGUUGGAGUGAGAAAAGAUCAUAAAUGUUCCCAUUUGUUCUGGCUCUGGAACAUAAAUUUGAAACUAUCAACAAUGCUUACAAAUGUGCCUGGGGUUUAUUUGUGUUCCUUUUUUUUUUUUUUUUUUGGGAAGAAAUAAAAUCCACUGAAACACUGACUUUUA